CGGCAGGCAGGCCGGCCGGCCGGCCGUUUCGGGCCAGAGGGAAGCCUCACGCGUUCCCCGGCAGAGCUGCGUUCUUUGUCUCUCGCAGCAGAGGAGUUUGGGCAGCUGCAGGGAUGGAUUUGCCUGCACUCAAGCUGCUGCUGCCAGAGCCCCUCCGUGUCAAUCUGUGCUGCCGUUGGGUUCUGCAGCUCUCUCCAGCAAGCAUGGCAUGAGCUGAAGGAGCAGCAGGAGCAGCAUGGCCGUUCCCCAGGCAGCAGGAGGUUUCAGCCCAGCACCAGCUCAUGCGGGAGGAGCAGAUGCUGAGGAACAUCCCCCACGAGACGCAGGUGGCCAAAGAGGCUGGGUCAGGUGCCAAAAAGGAGACCUUCUUCACCUGCUUCUCCUGUGCAAGCUCUUCUGUCUGUCUGCUGAGAUGUUUCUGCCUGUUUAUCUGGCAGAGAAGUGUUUGCUUUUUGGCUGGCGAGCUGACCAUCCGUACUACCGUCGUCUUGAAUGCCUCCAACCAGCAGUGUUUGCUGCCAGACAGACACCUGGAGAAGACAGAGGACAUGGUUAAGUUCAUGAACGAUAUCUUGGAUGGUGCUGCUGAAGCACAGGCUGGUGAUGGACUUCUGCAACGAAGCAAGAGAGUCAUCUAUGAGGCCAAGGCUGCUGUAAUGGUAGAGUUCAUUGCUUAUUCAGUGAGGUGAUGCUCUUGUCAGUCAAGAAGGACUUAGUUGCAGAGGCUUUGGAAAUGCUUUAAUGUAAGCUUGUUGCUAUGCUGUGCUUAGUGUAUCUAUUGUCACUCUUUAUAACUAGGUUUAAACCAAAUGAACUUCUUGAUUAAAACAGCCAAUCAUGUCUGCCAUAGUUCUCAUUGUUCCACCUGCAUGAAUGUCACAUUUUUCACUCUGCUGUUAGUCUGACAUAUUUUAAGGGACAGAAUCAUGAAAAUCCAACCUCGUUUCCUUGAGCUUUUUGCCAUCG